GGUCCGUAGCCAUUCUGGCCCAAGGGCAUGCCCGCCCAUAAGAUGGACAACCCUUGACAUCGCGGGCAGCCCUGAGCUUCCGGCGCCUCGCCAGCAGCUUCUAGUCCAUGUUUCUCUCGUCUCGACGGUUCUUGCUGCUCGCCUGCGCGCUCUCCGCCCUCGCUGCCGGGGCCUCGCCUGCGCCGGCGGCCUGCGGCGCGGCCCGCGGCGGCAGCCGCGCGAGCCCCGGCGUGAGCGCGGACGUGGCCCGGGACGGCGAGCUCGGGGGCCCCGCGCUGGAGCUGCUGCAGCGUCAGCAGGGGCGGCGCACGUCGGCGGCCUCCGCCGCGGCCGCGGGGCCGGCCGGCGGCCGCCGUGGCAGCAGCGAGGGGCUGGCUGCGGAGGGGCGGCGCCAGAGGUCCGAGGAGGAGUCCUCGAGCACGCCCCCGCCCGCCGCCCACGCGGCGCAGCGGUGGCAGACGUCGCCCGGGGCCCAGCCGGAGCGCAUCGCCCAGCGCCCCGACGUGGCGUUCGGUGCCGACUUCGACUUCGACGGCCCCACCGUCGAAGUGUCCGACGUGACGGACCAGGUAUUGAAGGGCUUCGGCGGAGCAUUCACGGAGGCGAGCGCGGUCGUUUUCCAGAAGCUCAACGCAGAGAAGCAACGCGCGGUGCUGAACGACUACUUCGGGCCAGAGGGGCUCGGGUACACUCUUGGCCGGGUGCACAUCAACAGCUGCGACUUCUCGACGGAGAACUACGCGUUCCACGAGAAGGACGGCGAGUUUGACCUCGCGUCGUUCGACAUGAGCGUCGGGCACGACGCGAAGGCUCUUAUACCAUUCAUCAAGGCCGCCCAGGACGUGAUCACGCCGCAGGGCCGUUCCCUGAGACUGCUCGCCACGCCUUGGAGCCCGCCUGCGUGGAUGAAAGAGAACAAGAUGAUGGAUCACUCCAGCAGUCCUUGUUUGCGCAAAGAAGCGGAAGUCCACGCCGCCUGGGCGAAGUAUUUCGUGAAGUGGAUCACCGCCUACAAGGACCACGGAGUGCCGAUCUGGGCUGUCACGAUCCAGAACGAGCCAGAGUACAAUGCCUCUUGGGAGGCGUGCCUCUUCAAUUCCUCGGAGGAGGCCGAAUUCCUGGGGACGUACCUGGGCCCCGCCAUGAGCUCUGAGCACCCGAACGUCUCGAUCUUCGUCUACGACCACGGCAAGAACCACGUCGCCCAGUGGGCGAAGGUCAUCAGCGAGGAUAAGAAUGCCGCAAAGUAUGCCACCGGCGUCGCUUACCACUGGUACUCUGGCGAUUGGUUCGGCGCCGUCGCCUCGAUCCACGCCGCCCUGCCCCAGCUCCAGCUGCUGGCGAGCGAGGCGACCUACGAGCGCUGGCGCUGGAAGGCGGGCGCCACGCUCGAGAGCGGGGAGUGGAGCAUGGGUGAGGGCUAUGCGCACGACAUCAUAGGCGACCUCAACGCCGGGAGCGUCGGCUGGAUAGACUGGAACCUCCUGCUGGAUGAGAACGGCGGCCCCAACCAUGCAGGCAACGUGUGCGACGCGGCGAUGAUGGCCAACCUGUCGACAGGGGACGUCUACCGCCACCCGCAGUAUUACUUCAUCGGCCAUUUUUCCAAGUUUAUCCCUCCGGACUCCGUGCGGCUGGUUACGACCGUGGGGCCCACGCCCAGCUACCACGGGAUCUGGCGGCCGUACGGCACCUGCACCGGCGAGGACGGGCUGGCGGCCACGUCCUUCCGCCGCCCGGACGGUCGCGUCUCCACCGUGGUGCUCAACUGCGGCGAGGGCGCCAUCGACUUCAAGCUCCUUCACGGUGGCCGGGCGGCCUCAACGUCCAUACCUCCGCACUCUAUCCAGACGUACGUGUUUGAGGGCGACAGCGUUGCCUCUCCAUCGCGCGCGGACGAUGCUGCUUCAUCCGUCGGCGGUAGCCUUGGCGGUUGAGCUGCGAUGCCCCCUGCUCUCAGGGAGUCUUUUUAGAGCCAUUUGAAAGAGUGGGUAGGGUUCCACACUGGAGGUUCGACCCCUGAAGUUUCUGUUGUGAUGCCGCCUGCUCCCAGGACGUCACUGUGGAACCAUCGUAGAGAGCUUGUGGGGUGCCCCAACCAUCCUGUGGUGUUGGGUCCUCGUUUUGAAGAGACGGUGCCCCGCGUUCCUCUCCUCUCCUCCUUCCUCCUCCUCCCCCUCCUCCCUCCUCCCUGCGUUUCACCCGCCCAGUACAGCGUUUCGUGGCCCCAUGGGGAGCUCCAGCGAAGGCGCCAGUGGCAGGGUUCGCAUGGAGGCCUCGGGCCAUUUCGGCACACCCCUCACGAUGAUCGUGGCCCCGUAGGGCACCCUGGAGGCAAGCUUCUUUUUUUGAGGGGCCUGCAGAGCCUCCUCCGCCGCCUGCUGCUCACCCCCGCUGCGGCGGGCGCACUGCGAAGGAGAGGCGGCGCAAGCGUGCGGUAUCGUGCAGGGCGACCGGGCGAGCAUGCGCAGCACAAUCGGAAUCGGAGAGUAAACUCUCGCCCUUGGUUCGUGCGCAUGGUUUUGCUCUUCGCCACCCACCAUACCACCCCAACCCAACCCG